GCGAGGCAGGGUUGAAUACCGAUGAGUGGCCGACCCAAAUGCUGGGGCAGGCCUGGGCAGCGCGAGGCCAGUGCUGCAGGGUUCUCUGGCAGGUUUCCUAGGGAUUAGUGUCUUGCUCUGGACGGAUGGGUUGAAGAGUCAGGACAGAGACAGCUGCGGCAGGACCACUUGUGUGCUGUUUAAUUGGCCUGACGCUCUUAGGGAUUGAAGGGCCAAGCCACCCUGGCCCUGCACCCUGUGUCAUCAGUUACACCUGUGCAAAAGUGGCUGCUGGAUCAGAACGCUCCCCUUCUGCUGCCAGCAUGCCCACUUCGCCGGGGGUGACUGACACCCGAGGGACCGGGCAGGGCAAGGCCAGGAUGGGGUGCUGAGUCUGCAGCCAGCUUAACUGUUUAGUCGGUUUAAACAACAGACUCCACUAAUGCAAGUGCAGCCAAAGCACAGCCUGGGAACUGCAGCCCCCACCUUGCAGGGCUCCAUCUCUGAGCGGCCAGGCCCCUGGGCUCAGUGGAACGCAGCAAGCCAUGGGGGGGGGCUGCCCCCUGCCUUGCAGUUGGAAAUGGCAGCUGGCUGGCUUAUUGUCCUUUUAUAAUUGAAUUCCCCCGCUCCACUGAUUGGCCGCCAAUGCACAGGGUGCUCCAGGGCAGGGCUGGCACAGGAUGAGCUGAUAUGUCUUUCCCUCGGCAGGGAACCAGUUGACAAGGUUGGUGUGGAAGUUAACAGCCCAUCAGGCUGGAUGGCAGGGCUGGGGGAGCGUCAGACAGUCAGGAGGUGCCAGUUGAGGGGGGAGGGGAUGUGGGACCCUGAUCACUGCAGAAUUGUGGAUUUCAAGGGAGGAAACUUCACAGGUCUUCUUCCCCAAGGCACCAAGCCAACACCUGGACAGGCUGGGUGCCUUACAGUUGUGGGAGGAGAAUGGCCUCAUUCCUGUCUCCAGGGAGGGUUUGAUGGUGGGCCAUGCGAAGAGGAGAUGGGGUGGGGGGUGAUGCUCAGGAAGGGCCAGGCUGGAAGCCCCCGGUGCAGGCUCUGUGGAAGUGUGCAACCCACCUGCCCUGGGCCCAGCUCUGGCCUAGCGAGGGUCUGACCAUGGCCCCUGUGAGCACCUGGCCGGCUCGUUCCUGUGCAGCGGGCACAGUCCCCCCAUCCCCUCCUGUUCACAGGCAGGGUCCCCAGGGCGUGGGCCGCUCUCUCUCCUCAGCGCAGGGCACACAAAAGGCUUGGUGGGCUCCAGCCAGCACAAGGCCUGGAGGUGGCUUCACGCUGCAGAAACCCUCCAUCACCCCCAGCCUAGGGGCAGCCCCGUCCCACAAUCAGCCCCUUUCCCCCGGGUGCCCGGGCAGCUCUGCCCAUCCCGGGCAUGGACCAGCCGGGCGGGGGUGAAGCCAAGGGAAGGGGGUGUCAGGCAGCCCCCCCCCCGGAGUUUAGCAGCAGCUGGGGGCUGAACAAGGCAAAGCCACCUCCCCUCUGACGCCAAAGGGUCACUGGGCGCCCCGGCCUGGGGGCUUGGUCUCACUCCCCUGCCCAAUCCAGGGAGACCUCGCUGCUAAUUGCGCCCUCGCCAGAUCAAAGGCGCCACUGGCGCAAUCGACACCCGCCUGGUGGCUCCAGAUUCCCUCUGGCGAGCGCGGCUUUGUCUGCCCGGCCCGGCCCGGCCAUGGGGCCAGCCCCCGCCCCGGCCCGCCUCGCAGCCGGCCUCCUCUGGGCGCUGCUGGGCGCGGCGCUGGGCAUGGCGGGGAGCCCGCCGGAGACGUCGCUUUUAAAGUCCUUGGGCCUGAGCGCCAAGCCGACCCCCGCGGCCCCGGCCCCGGUGCCCUCCGUGCUGUGGCGCAUCUUCCAGGGGCGGGCGCUGCCUGCCCCCGGGGACCGCGCUCCGGACCGCGCCUGUCGGGUGGAGGAAUUGAAUGUGCCCGGGAACAUCAUCCGCGUCUUCGCUGACCAAGGCCACUUCAUUCACAGUGGGGAGCCCAAGACUUUCCUGUGUCUGGAGAAACGUCUGUACUUUAAUUUCUCUGUGUUGGAGGAGGGGGAGCAACUGACAAUGGCUCAGCUGGAGAUCAACUUCAGCCACAACUCCUAUCACACUUCCAGUGGCGGGCAGGUCUUUGAGCUGCGGCUGUACCAAGCCCUGCAGAUGUCUCUGCGGGGGAUGUCCUCCCACACGUACAACCACAAGCUGCUGGUGGCGCAAUCCUUCGCGCAGCUGCACAAGUCCCUCCUCUUCAACCUGACCGAAGUGGCGAAGGGCUGGCGAACCCCCAGCAAGAACCUGGGCUUGAUCCUGGAGAUCUCUGUGGGCAGCAGGGACAGGGCCGAGGCCUUGCCACCCCGAAGGCUGCAGAACCUCUGUGCCAGCAUCGACUCCUUCCUCGACACCUCGCUGUUGGUGGUGUCCCUCAAUCAGAAGCAGUGCCAGGCCUCCAGGAAGAGGCGAAGCUCCUAUUAUACCCCGGUCACCCCAAGCAACCUCUGCAAACCAAGGCGGCUUUACAUCAGCUUCAGUGACGUGGGCUGGGAGAACUGGAUCAUCGCGCCGCAGGGAUACAUGGCCAACUAUUGCCUCGGGGAGUGCCCCUUCCCAUUGACGGCAGAACUCAAUAGCACCAACCACGCCAUCCUCCAGACCAUGGUGCACUCCCUUGACCCAGAAGGAACCCCCCAGCCCUGUUGCGUCCCAGUCAGGCUGUCCCCCAUCUCCAUCCUGUAUUACGACAACCAUGAUAACGUGGUGCUGAGACACUACGAGGACAUGGUGGUGGAUGAGUGUGGCUGCAGGUAAUGGAGCUGCUCAUCGAGAUGUGACGAGGGAAGCGAAUGGGUCUCUGGAGUAACUGGGAUUUUUGAUGUAAUAGGUCAAAACGUAUUAAGUCUCCUUCGUGUGGGUGGGUAGGGCCCUCCCUUCCAUCCCUUGGUGCAGUUAAUGGCAGAACUACCCCUUUGACGCAGUUGCAAAAUGCAGCCUCAAGGGGGAAGCUCUUGACUUCUGGCAUCAAGAGGAUAAUGCAGUUUGGGAUUCUAAUGUAAUGCUGAUUGGCUGGAGGCAUCAGGCUUCCCAACUCCCACCUGCUGGGGUUUCACCCAGCUUUGCCGGGAACCUGGUGAAAUCUAAUGGUGAUAGUCUGAGUCUCCUUUCCCCUCCUCCCCCAUGCCCCCUAGUGCUGAGCAGACGAUGUGGCACCCAGCACUCCUCUCCCUGUGCCUCCUUCCUUGGUUCUGACCUAGAGGCACCGGUGUGGUGCAGUACUGUAUCCGUCCUGCACGGCUGGAGCUGGUGCCCAUGUCCUAGACAUUGAAGAAUGAGUUCUGCUGGCCCUUCAGUGCCCCAUAGGCCCUGCCCCCUUAGCUUGCCCACGCUCGUAGGAACAGUACCACUGUCCACCACGGCUGGCUUCUCAGCUUCUUGAGCGAAGUGGUGUGAGCCUAGCAUGGAUUUUUUUCCCCCAGAACAGGAAGACAAUUUGGCUAAAUUCUGCUCUCUUUCCCGAGUGAAGAAAUGACCAGGUCUUCAGUUUGAUUAAGUUCUUUCUCCUCCCACUGGGCUGUAGUGCAACUAAAAUAUCACCUCUGGCUGGAGCCUGAUACCGCAUUGCUCUCAAAAGGGCAUUACUGGUACCAGCUGUUAGAUGUCAGGCCAGGGGGGCACGGGGAAGUGAAGUGAAUUGACUCAGUGCGAAGAGGUGUUUUCAGACUGAGCGCUCUCACCAAAACAUCCUAGCAAUGUAAAACACGCCUUUUUGUGGUGAAGAUGUAGCCUAAGCGGUCAGGCUCUGGCUUUUGAAUAAGGCAAGAAGCCUGGCUUGGGAAAUUUGGCCUAAAUUUGUUUUUUAAGGGGCCAUCAAUUUUGGGCGUCUAACUUGAUUGAGAGGUGCUGAGCACUCACCAAUCCCACUGACUCGAUGCAGGAAAAAAAAUUCAAGCGGCCAAACAAAUUAAAGACAAUUCAUUGAUUCUUUAAAAGUAUUACGUGUUACUCAUUGAGUGUGAAUCUAGUCUAUGGCUGGCAAUCAGGCAGAAAGCAGUAGAAAGAUGACUAGACAAAGUCUCCUUUUAAAAUAUGUUUUCACCUUGAUUAGUGUCAGAGUUCUCUCAGUAAGAGGGACAGAAAAAUAUUCCCCUCCUCCUAAUAAUUGUCUUAUAAGAUAGCAGAUAAGCAGCCAAUGCCUAAACACCAUCCUAGUAAAUAAAUGGGGGGGGGUUGUAAAGCAGUGGCCUGUGCAAUUAUUUAAUGCACUAGCCUGUCACCUGGGGAGCAAUGAGGACUUGGCUCAGUGAAAGUAGCGUAAUAGUCUCAUUUUAGCCUGAUUCCAGUUGACUCCAUAAGAGUUUAACACUGUUUGUAGAAGGAACUAGGACUACUUAGUCCUUUACACAUUGCACUGUUUAAACAGAUUAUGUAUGUUAAGGCAUCAGGGGUACGUCCAACAGACCUGUUGGACCAGCAAUGGCAUUGUGAAAGGCAGAUCAAGUUUGCUGUAUUCAAAUCAGGGGGGUGAGGACCCUCUCCCUCUUCAACACCUACGAAUGAACUGCUGAAGGUGCCUGUCCUUCAGAUGAUGGAUAUGAGCUGAAAGACAGGAAAAGGGAUGACUUCGAAGUACAGAAUUUCACAGGGAUCCUUCAUAGCAGCAAUGCUCACUCAGCCUGAAUUCCAGAUGAGCAGGGGCAGUUGAAGCCCCUGUCCCUAUUACUGUUUAGUAGGUCUCCACCUACACUACCAUAAUCCAGCCCUGUUCUGAACGUAAUCAGUUUAUUAGCUAGUGCCAGGGGAUAAGGGGCUGAGGGAUGGCCUGUUUUCUUCAAAGUGGGAUUCAUGUUAAAAUAAGAUUUGGGGUGGGUGGGGGGUGUUUGAAGUGUUAAAGUGGCCAUGCUAGAAGCCUGGGCAAAGUUGCCAGUGAGGUGAGGCACUUGUUAGAAGUAAAUCAACCACAGCUGCUCAGCUGACACUCUGAGUCAUGUGACUUGAGUAAUCCCUACCAGGGCAACUUUCCUCCCCUUCCAGCUGAAAACUUCUGGGGAAGUUCUAAAAUCUCCCCCUUGCCCUGAAGUGUUUCACUGUGACUGAAUUUUAGACAAGUUAUCACAACAGAACCCCUCCCAUCCCCCACCCUUCCCAAGGCACCCAGCACUGAACCACCUCCUCUUCUGGUGUAGCUAAAAGAAGAACAGAGCAGUUGCUAGCUACAGCUACUUUACAGACACAGGGCCCUACACUUUAGAUCUGUGCCUGGUGGCAACCUCUAUGGGCGGAUGUCAAACUGGAACUCAAAGUAAAGUUUUGCCUUUCAGUGACAAAUACCGGACAAUUAUUUUAAUUGCAGUCUUUUUGGGGGGGGGCUGGGGGGGGGGGAGAUAAGAGAAGGAGCAAGGAAUCUGAAUUAGACUUGAAACUCUUUUUUAAAUGUCAAUCAGAUUGAAACUAGUGGAGACUUGUUUUUUUGUAUCUACCUUGUAAUGUGUCUUAAUAGAACGGUUUCACUAAGUAUUAACAGGAAAGACCUUUGUCCCCAUGGGGAAACUAAAAGGCUUAUCCUCUUAUUUUAAUUAAUUUGCACAGACAAUGUACUUCCCUACCCUACCCAAUGAAUGCGUUGGGCUACUGGAUAUACCCAAAGCUUUGUUGAACAGGAGCAAGUAAGUCUGAAUACUUUAAGGCUACCACAAUUCCACACAGGUGACCUGCUGUUAUGCACUAACAUUUUCAGGUACCCUCUGCACCGCCAUUUAGGAAGCUGAUUCACAGACAUGCGGUACUGUGGAGUUCUAAGACAGUUUACCCCCUAUUAUUCUGUACAGUAAACAAGAACAACAUCAAAACCAGAAUCAAACAUUUAAUAAAGGAAUGAGAUGCUAGUCAGAUUAGUGACUAUGGUUUAUAAGAUCAAUUACUCAAGUUUAUAAAAUAUUAAAGUCAAGGGGCUAGCCCCAUCUUAAAAGAAAUCAGUCAAUUUCUUUUGAAAAAACUAGAAAGUAACAGGGACAGGCUCAAACACCUGAUCUGCUAGUGUUUUUCCUUUUUAAAUACUUACCCUUACUUCUAAUUCCAGGAAUUAAAUUCCACAUUAAAACACACUUGGAUUUCUAUGAAAGAAGAGGGAUUUUAGUUUUUGUUAUACUGAGUGUUUUGAAAAAUGAGUCCACAGCAGAUCAAGGAACUCAAAGCUCAGUUCAUUUAGGUCACACUUGUGAGGGAGGUUUUUGCUUUCCAUCUAAAUCUCCACUUGCAUUUACCAAAGCACAAAGAGAUGAAUAACUAAUGGGCUCUGUCCUAUCCACCGUGCAGUCCAAACAAUUCUUACGCUAGGAGGGAAAGACAGCUAUAACCAUGUGCAAUACUUUGUGGACCAGAAUGGACACAUGCAAUAGCUACUUUAGUGAUCACAGCCCCUGUGAAGUGAUGUCAGUGCACUAACGUGAAACCUGCUCACAGCAUCAGCAGCCUGCUAUACUUGGACCACAGCUCAGAGAUGCUUCCGUCAGAAAGCAGUGUGGAAAAGUUUACUGUAUUUGUACCUUAAAUCGUGCAACUUUCAAAUGCUUGACUGCUGUACCAAGUGCAGUUGGGGGUGUCAAUGGUUUAGAUUGAUAGGCCCAGUCUUAAGUCAGCAUGUGUGAGCUGAACUUUAUUAAAAAGGAUUUAUUCAAUUACUAUGUUGUCUCAGAUUUACCACCAGAGCCACGAUCAGAGUAACUUGAAAGGGGGCAGAUGAAAGCCUCAAAAGGGUCUUGCCAUUACUUCCAAUGGGUUUUAUGCAAGGAAGUCUUUAUCCCCAGCCUGGAAGAAGAAGUAAGCUCUUGCCAUCAAUAUUAAAAAAAGAUCAAGCUCCUCUAACAGCCUUUCAUAAAAAGGGCAACUGACUACUGCCAUAUAGCCUCUCUGUAACAUCAAUGCAUGGGCACAGAAUGCCUCCGUGGGUUUCUCAACAUUCCUACAGCAUGCACAUGUCUGGACAAGCCCCAAAGGAGGGGGUACAGGUGGGGUACUUCGCUUUAACAAACUUUUCACAGUUCAUUUGCUUAUCUAUGUAUGCUAGAAACACCCCACACUUUUGUACUAGUAUAUGUUAAAAUGUAAUAAACGUGAAGUUUAUACAAUCAAA